AUGGAAAUGGAUGGUGUUGACCUGAUGAAGAAAAUUUCACAUAAAGAUAGUGUUGACGAUGGUGAAAUAUGGAAAACAUUCCAGUGUGCUAAACAAACAACAAACACUGCGACAUGUACUUCUGUCUCUGAUCCUAUGGAAGGAGAAGAUAAAGAGGAAACAUAUGAAUACAAAAGGAGUAAUAAAUCAUGUAUAACAUUGACCGUUGGUGACCAGGGGACUAACAAAAAUGUCCGUGGUGUAAAAAGUCGAUCCAAUGCAGCAUAUGGUUGGUGUGCAAAAGUUCCUGGUGACAUGCAUGCAAAAGGAUACGUAUACGAAGUUUGCAAGAAAGUAAUGUCUCCUGGUGGUUUUAUGCACAUUCUACAAAAUGUUCUUUUGAGAAAGAAGAUAACCAACGAAAGCUUUGGUAAAAAGAAAUUCCAAGAACAAAACCUUAAUCGUAUCGAAGAAGCUGUGCGUGAUAAUGGGGCUGCUUUUGGAAUAGCAAUGGUGAUGGAGUUUAAAAACUCCACUUCAUUUCCUGAUGCAGAUGAGUUGCUUAAGUGCAAAAGGUCAACUGGCAAUCACACUACAAAAAUACGAGCGCAUGACAUCGAAGAAACUCCGUUGCUUAAUAUCAACGCAGUAAGUUGCAAUUGUUCAAACUUUUAUCCCACUCAGAAAGUACUUCUACCUCCUUUAGAUAACACAUCUGAAUCAGGGAGCUCUCAAGCCUCUCAAGAACCAAGUGAAAGUAACGAAAACGAUUUUGGUCAUGAAAGAACAGAAAAUAGAGACAUUGAUGAUCAUCAUUGGUUCUCUGAUGAAUCUGAAGAAAGAGAUCUACUUGAGCAUUUAGCUGAACUAGAAAAUGCUGGAGAGGAGAAUGGGGAUGAACAAAGUAAAAGAAAUGAAACUGUCAAUGAGCAAAUUAGUAAUGAGGACAGUGAAGAAGAUGAAAGUGAAGAAGUUGAAAGUGAUGAGGAAGAAAUCACUCAUGCUCUACCAUUCAAGUGCAUUGGAGCUGCUCAUGAACAAAGUUACCAACAUCAUCUGGAACAGGCAUAUCUUGCCCUUGAAUAUAAUGAAUCAGUAAAUGUUCGACUAAGACCAGAGCCGGAGAAUCCUCGGGACCAAAAUGCAAUUGCUAUUGAUCUUCAUUAUGGAACUCAAUGGGAAAAUGUUGGAUAUAUAGCUUCUGAACAUUGCAAGUAUUUACAUCCACUGAUUGCAGCAGGAGAUAUACUAGACGUCUAUGUUGAACACAUCAAGUUUCGGGGUUAACUUUUUAAAAAUAGGAUUUUAUCCAAAAAUCUGGAUAAAGAGGCGUGGUGAAUGGGAAGGUCAGAUUGUAAGGGCUAGUAUGAGUGUACGUUGACAUAUUUUCAUAAGA